AUGAAAACCACCUCUGAGUGUAGGGGUGGGGUUGUCGAAACAGAAGAGAAGAUGGAAGAAGAUGUGAACGAUCAUGGACCUGAAAGUUGUGGCUUCGUUAAAAAUUCUCACCUGGUUGGAAUCACGCCUACUGAAUUUUACUUCCACGCGAUGGGCGGUAGAGAAGGAUUGAUCGAUACGGCUGUCAAAACUGCUGAAACUGCAUUCCUAACGUUCUCUGAAUUAUUUCAGUUGCGCUACGGAGAGGAUGGUUUAGCGGGCGAGUGGGUGGAGUUCCAGAAUCUGCCAUCUCUCAAACCGUCUGACAAGGCAUUUGAGAGAGAAUUUAAAUUUGACCCAAUCAACGAAAAAAAACUGAAGCGCUGUAUAUAUGAAGAUGUCUUGAGAGAUAUGCAUCGUGAUGCAAACUUUUCAUUCGAGAUCGAACGGGAGUACGAUGACCGCAUGGCAGUCAGGCAGAUAUUUCCAAACGGAGAGAAUGUACGCGAACUCAGCAAGAAAUUCAUGAUCGUGAAGGGAGAGGAUAGGCUGAGUAAGGCCGCCAAUACUAAUGCUACUCUGCUCAUGAAUAUAUUAAUGAGAUCUACGCUAUGCUCUAAGAAGAUGACUCUCAACACUUUCCACUACGCGGGAGUGUCCUCGAAAAAAGUAACUCUGGGUGUUCCUAGAUUGAAAGAGAUUUUAAACGUUUUUAAAAAGCCUAAAACUUUUUCGUUGACUGUUUUCUUGACUGAAAAAGUUGCUACAGGUGCUGUAAAAGCUAAGGAUGCUCUCUGUCAGUUAGAGCAUGCCAAAGUUGCAUCCGGCUUUGCAAUUUUCUACGAUCGUGACAUUAAGCUAUCCACAGGCCAUCUGAUGGCCAUAACUCGUCACGGGAUCAACAGGCAAGAGACCUUUGCACUGGCUCGAUGCUCUUUCGAAGAAAUUGUGAACAUCUUAGUUGAUGCAGCAGCCCACACAGAAACUGACCCGUUGAAAGGAGUGUCAGAAGCCGUGAUGCUCGGACAACUGGCCAAGAUUGGUACUGGUUGUUUCGACCUGAUGUUGGAUGAUAAACAGUGCGUCAACGGAAUGGAUAUUCCAAGCGAGAUUCCAUCAGGACACCUAGCAGGUGCAAGCCUGUCACCUGAAUUUCCUGAGGGGUUCCCACCCGCACAUAAAGCAAGAUUCAAUCCAUUACAAAGUCCCAGUUUUUCUCCAGCUGCAAUGUCUCUUGGAUCUCAGACACUAGCCAGCCCCUCUUAUCCAAGUCCAGCUAGAACACUUUCACCAUCUUAA